AUGGGAAAGUGCCGUGGUCUGCGUACGGCUCGCAAGCUCCGCAAUCACCGUCGUGAGCAGAAAUGGCACGAUAAACAGUACAAGAAGGCUCAUCUGGGCACCGCUCUGAAGGCUAACCCUUUCGGAGGAGCUUCCCACGCUAAGGGCAUUGUCCUUGAGAAAGUUGGUGUGGAGGCCAAACAGCCGAACUCUGCCAUUAGGAAGUGUGUGAGGGUCCAGCUCAUCAAAAACGGAAAGAAAAUCACUGCUUUCGUGCCCAACGAUGGCUGCCUUAACUUCAUUGAGGAGAACGACGAGGUUCUGGUGGCAGGAUUCGGGCGUAAGGGUCACGCCGUGGGAGAUAUUCCCGGAGUUCGUUUCAAGGUGGUGAAAGUGGCAAACGUGUCUCUGUUGGCUCUGUACAAAGGCAAGAAAGAGAGACCCAGGCCUGGUCUUUUGACUCAGAUGGAUUUUGUGCUGGAGGAGGGAGACGAAGACACUGACGUACAGUUCAUGAUUCAACAAAGUCUCCUGGAAAACCGUCUGAGAGAACUCCGACCCUUCAGCCCCAGACAGGCGUUCUCUCCUCAGACAGGGUUUCUCUCCUCAGACAGGGUUUCUCUCCUCAGACAGGCAUUCUCUCCUCAGACAGGGUUUCUCUCCUCAGACAGGCUUUCUCUCCUCAGACAGGGUUUCUCUCCUCAGACAGGGUUUCUCUCCUCAGACAGGCGUUCUCUCCUCAGACAGGGUUUCUCUCCUAAGACAGGGUUUCUCUCCUCAGACAGGCGUUCUCUCCUCAGACAGGCUUUCUCUCCUCAGACAGGGUUUCUCUCAUCAGACAGGGUUUCUCUCCUCAGACAGGCUUUCUCUCCUCAGACAGGCUUUCUCUCCUCAGACAGGGUUUCUCUCCUCAGACAGGCGUUCUCUCCUCAGACAGGGUUUCUCUCCUCAGACAGGGUUUCUCUCCUCAGACAGGCGUUCUCUCCUCAGACAGGGUUUCUCUCCUCAGACAGGCUUUCUCUCCUCAGACAGGGUUUCUCUCCUCAGACAGGGUUUCUCUCCUCAGACAGGCGUUCUCUCCUCAGACAGGGUUUCUCUCCUAAGACAGGGUUUCUCUCCUCAGACAGGGUUUUUUCUCCUCAGACAGGCUUUCUCUCCUCAGACAGGCUUUCUCUCCUCAGACAGGCUUUCUCUCCUCAGACAGGCUUUCUCUCCUCAGACAGGGUUUCUCUCCUCAGACAGGGUUUCUCUCCUCAGACAGGCGUUCUCUCCUCAGACAGGGUUUCUCUCCUCAGACAGGGUUUCUCUCCUCAGACAGGCUUUCUCUCCUCAGACAGGGUUUCUCUCCUCAGACAGGCUUUCUCUCCUCAGACAGGGUUUCUCUCCUCAGACAGGGUUUCUCUCCUCAGACAGGCGUUCUCUCCUCAGACAGGGUUUCUCUCCUCAGACAGGCGUUCUCUCCUCAGACAGGCGUUCUCUCCUCAGACAGGGUUUCUCUCCUCAGACAGGCUUUCUCUCCUCAGACAGGCUUUCUCUCCUCAGACAGGGUUUCUCUCCUCAGACAGGCGUUCUCUCCUCAGACAGGGUUUCUCUCCUCAGACAGGGUUUCUCUCCUCAGACAGGCGUUCUCUCCUCAGACAGGCUUUCUCUCCUCAGACAGGGUUUCUCUCCUCAGACAGGCUUUCUCUCCUCAGACAGGGUUUCUCUCCUCAGACAGGCUUUCUCUCCUCAGACAGGCGUUCUCUCCUCAGACAGGGUUUCUCUCCUCAGACAGGGUUUCUCUCCUCAGACAGGCGUUCUCUCCUCAGACAGGGUUUCUCUCCUCAGACAGGGUUUCUCUCCUCAGACAGGCUUUCUCUCCUCAGACAGGGUUUCUCUCCUCAGACAGGCGUUCUCAUCCUCAGACAGGGUUUCUCUCCUCAGACAGGGUUUCACUCCUCAGACAGGCUUUCUCUCCUCAGACAGGCUUUCUCUCCUCAGACAGGGUUCUCUCCUCAGACAGGCUUUCUCUCCUCAGACAGGGUUUCUCUCCUCAGACAGGCUUUCUCUCCUCAGACAGGCUUUCUCUCCUCAGACAGGCUUUCUCUCCUCAGACAGGGUUUCUCUCCUCAGACAGGGUUUCUCUCCUCAGACAGGGUUUCUCUCCUCAGACAGGGUUUCUCUCCUCAGACAGGGUUCUCUCCUCAGACAGGGUUUCUCUCCUCAGACAGGUUUCUCUCCUCAACAGGUUUCUCUCCUCAGACAGGUUUCUCUCCUCAACAGGUUUCUCUCCUCAACAGGUUUCUCUCCUCAGACAGGUUUCUCUCCUCAGACAGGCUUUCUCUCCUCAGACAGGUUUCUCCUCGACAGUUUCUCCUCAGACAGGCGUUCUCUCCUCAGACAGUUUCUCUCCUCAGACAGGCUUUCUCUCCUCAGACAGGGUUUCUCUCCUCAGACAGGCUUUCUCCUCAACAUCUCUCUCUCAACAGGGUUUUCUCUCCUCAGACAGGUCUCUCCACAUCCUCUUUCUCUCAACACUCUCUCCUCAGACAGGUUUCUCUCCUCAACACUCAGACAGGUUUCUCUCCUCAGACAGGUUUCUCUCCUCAGACAGGUUUCUCUCCUCAGACAGGUUUCUCUCCUCAACAGUUUCUCUCCUCACAGGCUUUCUCUCCUCAGACAGGUUUCUCUCCUCAGACAGGCUUUCUCUCUCCUCAACAGGCUUUCUCUCCUCAGACAGGUUUCUCUCCUCAGACAGGCUUUCUCUCCUCAGACAGGCUUUCUCUCCUCAGACAGGGUUUCUCUCCUCAGACAGGCUUUCUCUCCUCAGACAGGCUUUCUCUCCUCAGACAGGCUUUCUCUCCUCAGACAGGCUUUCUCUCCUCAACAGGGUUUCUCUCCUCAGACAGGGUUUCUCUCCUCAACAGGUUUCUCUCCUCAGACAGGCUUUCUCUCCUCAACAGGUUUCUCUCCUCAGACAGGGUUUCUCUCCUCAGACAGGCUUUCUCUCCUCAGACAGGGUUUCUCUCCUCAGACAGGCUUUCUCUCCUCAGACAGGCUUUCUCUCCUCAGACAGGGUUUCUCUCCUCAGACAGGGUUUCUCUCCUCAGACAGGCUUUCUCUCCUCAGACAGGCUUUCUCUCCUCAGACAGGGUUUCUCUCCUCAGACAGGCUUUCUCUCCUCAGACAGGCUUUCUCUCCUCAGACAGGCUUUCUCUCCUCAGACAGGAAGAAAGUCAGAUUUUCACCGCAAUAAGACAAGGAAAUGAGACGCUCUUCAGGAAGUUGUGCAGGAGUUCCACGGCUCGGAUCGACCAAUCAGACGCCAGAGGAUGGAGCCCGCUUCACGAGGCCGCGGCCCAGACCAACCUCCGCCUCCUGGAGCUCACACUGAACGCAUUGGGGCGUGACUUCCUGGAACGGCGCUCUGUGAUUGGUCAGACUCCUCUGCAUGUGUCAGUGGAGAAAGGCCUGAUUGAAAACACAGAGUUUCUGCUAAAACAUGGAGCGAACCCGGACGCACCGGACCAGGACCAGGACACGCCCAUCUUCACAGCGACCCGCGGGGGCCGCUCUGACCUGGUGCAGCUGCUGUUGUGCUCGGGCUCCAGAGUGAACCAGGAGGGCUGCCACAGCCGCUGCCCGCUGCACGAGGCCUCCAAGCUGGGUCACUGUGCUGUGGUGGAUCUGCUGCUGAAGAGCGGGGCCCGGCCGGACCCACGGAGCCACUACGGACUCACGCCCCUGGCCCUGGCGGCUCAGGGCGGCCAUCGACAGAUCAUGGAGACACUGCUGCGGAAAGGAGCGGACGUUCUGUCUCAGGCCAAUGACGAGGCCUCCAUUUUGUACGAGGCCUCGGCCCACGGGGACCCAGAGGUGAUCCGGCUGCUACUGGAGCAUGGAGCAGACCCAGAUGUGCCCAAGUACUCAGGACAUCUGCCCAUCCACAGAGCUGCUCACCGAGGACACCUGCAGGCCCUGCAGCUGCUGAUCACGGUGACCUCCAUGUCUGCGGUGGAGGAGAGUGGGAUGAGCCCCCUCCACUCUGCAGCCGCCGGAGGACACAAGCUCUGCAUCCAGGCUUUGCUGGAGGCGGGAUACGACCCUAACUACAUGCUGCAUCCAUGGCUGCGUCGUAGCUAUGACGACGAGAGGAAGUCCGCCCUCUUCUUCGCCGUGGCGCUGCGUCUGGGGAACUAUGAGCUGAUCCAUCUGCUGCUGAGCUUCGGAGCAAACGUGAAUUAUUUCUGUAAAGUCAACACCACACACUUCCCCUCAGCCCUGCAGUACACCAUGAAGGACGAGGUGAUGAUGAGGAUGCUGUGUAACUUUGGCUACGACGUUGUCAGGUGUUUCCACUGUCCCCAUGGCAACGGCUCCCACGUCCCGCACGACUACGAGGGCUGGAGCGACGCAGUCCUCAAAGACACCAUGUUCUGUGAGGUGAUGAGUCUGUCAUCGCUCACGUACCUCACUGGUCACGUGGUCCUGGUUUUACUGGACUAUGUGGAUCAUCUGACCUUCUGCUCCAAGCUCAAGUCGGUCCUGAUGGAGACCAAAGAGUGGCCCCAGAUCUGCGCCGUGCAAGGUGUGGUUUUGGUGUGCUUCGAGGGCGACUCGGACGGAUACAUAAACCUGGUGGCGUAUCCGUACGUGGAGAGCGUGGAGGACGACCACGAGGAGAGGGACCCCCCGGAGAGGGAGCAACCCCGGAGGAAGCACUCGAGACGCAGCCUGCACCGCUCCUCGUCUUCCUCGGAUCAUAACAAAGAACAGAAGGAACAGAAGGAGAACAAGGAGGAAAGGGCCGAGAGAAGGGACCACGACCAGGACUCUCAGGAGAAUCAGGGCGAGCUGAAGAGUCCUCGUCUGGACCCAAAGCUCCACUCCGAGGUCCCGUUCCAGAUGCUGGACUGGAACAGUGGCCUGAGCUCAGAGAAGAUCAGCUACAACCCCUGGAGCCUGCGCUGCCACAAGCAGCAGCUGAGCCGCAUGAGGAGCGAGUCCAAGGACCGCAAGCUCUUCAAGUUCCUGCUCCUGGAGAACGUGGUGCAUCACUUCUCCUUCCCCUGCAUCCUGGACCUGAAGAUGGGCACGCGGCAGCACGGAGACGACGCCUCAGAGGAGAAGGCAGCGAGGCAGAUGAAGAAGUGUGAGCAGAGCACGUCUGCAACACUCGGGGUCCGCGUCUGUGGCAUGCAGGUUUACCAGCUGAACACGGGGCACUACCUCUGCAGAAACAAAUACUACGGUCGCGGUUUGUCGAUCGACGGCUUCAGAGAGGCGCUGUUCCAGUACCUCCACAACGGGAAGACCAUCAGAAGGGACCUGUUCGAACCCAUCCUCCACAAGCUGCGCAGCCUCAAGUCCGUGCUGGACAAACAGGCCUCCUACCGCUUCUACUCCUCCUCCCUGCUCAUCAUCUACGAGGGGAAGGAAUCGCAGGACAGCUCUCCGUGGCAUCCGCGCGAGCCCCACUGCUUCCUCGCCGACUCCGCCCACUGUGCCACAGACACUCCCACAAAGGCCCCGCCCCCCAAACCCCCGGCCCCUCAUCAGCCCCCCCUGGUGGACGUUCGCAUGAUCGACUUCGCUCACUCCACUUUCAAAGGCUUCCGGGGGGACACUGCUGUGCACGACGGCCCGGAUCGAGGCUACGUGUUCGGACUCGAGAGCCUGGUGGGCAUCCUGGAAGACCUCCGAGACGAGAACUGUCCCGCGCACCAAACCGCCUCCUCUUCCUCCUCCUCCUCCUCCUCCUCCACCCGAAAAUAA